CCUUUCACAUCUCUCGUCCCAUGCCCGUCUUCUGUAAAUUGGUUUACAAACUUUGUCAGCACUGACAUAAACCAAAGAAGCAGGUUAUUUUCAUCUCUUUCUGUAUCUGUGAGAGUGCAGGUGGAAGCAAGUAGAACCGAAUUGUUGCACAUAAAUAAUUUGCUGGAACUUCAUUAAAAAAGAGGUGCGUUGGAAGUGUACUACGUUGACUUUGUCACUCGUGUAGUGCUCAGAUAUUGAGGUCCGUCUGCGUGUCUAUGCAAUUGUGUUGGUUGUUCCCAGUUUAUGAUUGCAACGAAGUGUCAGUCAUUGGUGAAAGAUUACAUAAAUGAGAAGCGAUACAAGAGGAGCUGCAUCGCAUCCUCAGUCAGACAAUUGUGCUUUUUGUGCAGUUAUAAUAAUACCACUGUUUUGUGUCUAUUCAUCCAUUCUAUUUCUGUGAUUGUGGUUGGGAAUCAAAACGAGCCGACAUGACAAAGUAGUGUUCAUUAGUUUUAUUUACACGUUUCAUUUGAGAUGCAAGAUGUACAGGACAAAUGCACGGUUGAUGACGGCACUGAUCUUUUACGAGAUGGCAAUAACUCGCUAAUUUAAUAUCGUCGUACAAGAAUUGUUGCAGAAGAACUUUUUGGAAAUAAAUUGUUUCAAGAAUUGUGAGUGCUGUCCAGCAUUUCAUUUAAAUCAAUUAAAUCAAUUCCCGUGAAUGCAUAAUAACGAUAACAAUUUAGACGAUGAUAUUAUUCGAUAUGCAACCAACUCAUUGAACGUGGUUGUUUGACUUGACACGAUCUCACAGGGGAUGAACCACAACCACGAAGUAUAUGUACUUUUUACUGCAUAAUAAAUACUGAAAAAACGAAAAGUUUUCUCCUCGUUGACUUCUGAUCGGCUCAUUCAUCAUGUAACGCUACCCUCGUGGGUCUCAUGUUGGAUUGGAUCGUUGCACCUUCAAAACAGGAUCAUGUUCUGGGUUUGGAAACUCCAGCUGCUUCGCCAUCGUUGAUGACACGAAUUGGAGGAGUGCAGUUCACGAAAUUUACAUAUUUUAAAACAGUGGUCGAACCUUAACACGACGGCGAGGACUUUUAAUAGCGUGCAAGUGUUCGAGUCGGAGUGAUUAUUCGUUCAGAUGUAUCGCCAUCAGAAGCAUUGUGCGAAUCUAGAACGUCAUAUUGUGCAGGUUAUCAGCAUCGAUACGGACGACGAGGAGAAAUAUCUCUGACAACCGAACUUCUCAAGAUGACCACUCACAGGAGGACUCUUGUGCUCACACUUUUUCUCUCAGCAGCCACUUGGCCAUGUGUUCAAUCAAGCUACUACGAAGAGACGUCUUCGGAAGAACAAUUCGCUAACAGGAACAGAAUAAAUGGAAACUUUUCAGGAAAUGGGAUUACGCCUCCAGUAUUAAAUUUAGCCACGAGGGCAAAUAUUUUCUCAAAUGCAACUUGUGGAGAACGAGAGCCGGAGACUUAUUGCAAAUUGGUGGAGCACGUUUACUUGGCAAGGGCAAGAACGUCACAGCAGUGCAGCGUUUGUGAUGACCAAGCGGGAAACGGGAAGCGUCACCCGAUUAAAUUUGCUAUCGACGGGAGCAAUCGUUGGUGGCAGAGCCCCAGUCUCCAAAACGGACGGCAAUACGAAUGGGUGACAAUUACCAUCGACUUGAAACAGGUGCACCAAGUUGCUUACAUCAUUAUCAAAGCUGCUAUUAGUUCUCGUCCAGGAAAUUGGAUUUUGGAGCGAUCUCUUGAUGGAAUUGUCUAUAUGCCAUGGCAGUAUUAUGCAAUCAGUGAUGAAGAAUGUUGGACACGAUAUAAAAUUCGUGCCAAACCAGGAAAGCCACAAUAUGACCAUGACGAAGAAAUAAUUUGCACCUCGUACUACUCAUCCCUGUAUCCGCUGGAGGGGGGCGAGAUUCACACAUCUCUGGUCAAUGGACGACCAGGGGCAGAUGGUCCAUCGGAAAGACUGACAAAAUUCACUAUGGCUCGGUUCGUGAGACUUCGUCUGCAGAAGAUCCGGACUCUCCACGGGGAUUUGAUGAACGUGGGUGGGUCGGAGAGAAAUGGCCUGGAUAAAUCUGUCAUGCAUUCGACCAUUUUGCGGAGAUAUUUCUAUUCAAUUAAGGACAUUUCGAUUGGAGGUCAUUGCGUGUGCUUUGGGCACGCGAACGAAUGUGUGUUCGACAAACACGUUCAGAGUGAGAUUUGUAAUUGUCAACAUAACACUUGCGGCCCGCAGUGUGACGUUUGUUGUCCCCUUUUCAACAACAAACCCUGGGGGGCGGGGAAUUCUACGGCAAGGGCGACAUGCGAGGCUUGUGAGUGUCAUGGCCAAGCGGACGCUUGUAUUUUUGACCCGCUCAUAGCGUCCCAGAAGUUGUCCAUCAAUGCUGACGGGGCGAUGGAUGGCGGUGGCGUCUGCCUUGACUGCAAAGCUCACACGACGGGGAUCAACUGUGAGAGGUGUGAAGAGGGGUUCUUUCGACCUCGAGGGGUGAUGAGGAACGAUGCUCGACCUUGUGUCAAAUGUCAGUGCGACGCGAGAGGCAGUGACGGGAGUUGCGUCGCCGAUGACACUGCAGCCCUCCUCAUGGGAAAGGAGCCUGGGGACUGCAUUUGCAAAGCGGGGUUCACUGGGAAAUUUUGCGACCAGUGUGAGAUGGGGUACCGAGGUUUUCCCAACUGCAACUCGUGCCCUUGUCAUUUUCCAGGCAUCGUUAAUAUGGAGUGCGAAGGUGACUGCGUUUGUAAGGAAAAUGUCCAGGGACAAUUGUGCACUGAAUGCAAAAAGGGGUUCUACAACUUGAUCAAAGGAAACCCCACUGGGUGCACGCAAUGCUUUUGUCAUGCGGUAACUGACAAAUGCACGUCCUCCAACUUCGCAAUCACAAGGAUGAUGGACCACGACAACUGGUUCGUCACGGAUCUGCAUGGGACAAAAGUCAUCGCCCUGAGCCCCACGGGAGGAACGUACCACAUUGCCAACGAGGAAUUCAGCUCCUUCUCGAUGUACUAUUGGGGCAAUGCGAAGACUUUCAGUGGAAAUCGAGUCUUGUCGUAUGGUCUCCAAAUGACGUUUUACACCUCUUGGAUCCAAGCAAGGGGGGACACGAGUGGAAAACCCAUCACUGAAUAUGACCUCAUCAUUCAGAGUACCAACAACAUGCUGGCGUUCAGCAACAAGUUUCAUGAUGGGAAUAACGCCACUGUUCACGUUACCUUAAACGAAAUUGACUGCGUCGUGCUUCCUGACAUCGACAACAACAUUAUCCAAAGGAACCCGACACCUGCUUUGGGGACGCCGUGUACAAGGUUCGACGUAAUGGAAGGGACGCAUGAUGUGAAACGUCUGUUAGUCCGAGCAAAGUACCACACUGAUCAAAUUGAAGGGAUGCUUGGCUAUGCGUACAUGGAGAAAGCAGACGUAAACACCAUUGCCGGUCCUGGGGAGAAAACAGCCACGUCUGUCGAAUUGUGCUCUUGCCCUCCAGGUUAUUCUGGAACAUCUUGUCAAGAUUGUUCGUACGGCUAUAGAAAAAGUAACUCCGACUCCUGGCUCAAUUCUUGCGUAAAAUGCGACUGUAAUGGACAUUCUCCCACAUGCAGCUUUGAUGGAAAGUGUUUGAGUUGUGAACAUAACACGAAAGGUGAACGGUGUUCCGAUUGUCGAACCGGAUUUUAUGGAAAUGCUAACACUGAAUCUCAAUUUGCCUGCAAACCAUGCGAAUGUCCUCUGGCAAUUGACACAAACAAUUUUAGUCCGACCUGUCAAAUGCUUGGAAAUUCGUAUGAAUGUACAGCUUGUCCUGCAGGCUAUGAAGGUCCUUUUUGUGAGAGGUGUGGAAAUGGGUAUUACGGAAAUCCUACACAACCUGGAGAUUACUGCAAGCGUUGUGAUUGUAAUUUGGAUGGCAAUCCGUCCAACGAGGGAAAUAUUUGCGAUCAUCUUACAGGAGAAUGCUUAAUUUGUCCACGAAACACGAUCGGUUGGAACUGUGAUGAAUGUCUUCCUGGGCAUUUCGGAAAUCCAUUAAAUGGGACUUGCUCUCCCUGCAGAUGUGAUGAAACAGGGAGUGCCAGCAUUACAUCCUGUCACCCUGACACUGGUCAAUGUCCUUGCAAAGACGCUUUCACUGGACGGAGAUGCAAUGAGUGCAUGAAAGGUCACGGGAAUCGUGAGGAGGGAUGCACAAGUUGUGGGUGCAAUCCAAUAGGGUCAAAAUCAUUGGAUUGUGAUCCUGAAUCUGGUCAGUGCCAUUGCAAACCUGGAAUCGGUGGUCGAUUUUGCAACAAGUGUCUCGACCUCCAUUUCGGAUUUUCCAACAGUGGGUGUUUGCCUUGUGACUGCCAUCCCGACGGAUCGGACUCUGCGCUUUGUGACUUAAAUACUGGUCAGUGUCACUGUCGUCCCAAUGUCAGAGGUUCCAAGUGUUCAGAAUGUUCUCCUGGAUUUUGGAACAUUCAAUGUGGAACAGGAUGUGUUCGGUGCGAUUGUGAUCCGGUUGGAUCCGCAAGCAGUCAUUGCGACUCUGAGACGGGACAAUGUUUGUGCAAACCUGGAGUUGGAGGAACCAAGAGAUGUGAUCGUUGUUUAAAUAACUGCUACGGAUUCGGUGAAAAUGGAUGCCGACCUUGCGAUCCUUGUUUGACCCCCGGACAUGUUUGCGAUUCUCACUCAGGGCGAUGCGAAUGUCCAGCAAAUGUGGAAGGUGAUUUGUGCACAAAAUGCACGGUGGGCUAUUGGGGAAAUCCACGAUAUGGGUGCAAGCCCUGUAAUUGCAGUCAACAAGGUGCAUCAACUCCACAGUGUUCACCAGAGUCGGGAAAGUGUAACUGUGCACCUGGUUUUUCUGGUGAUAAAUGCGACAAGUGCAAAUUUGGAUAUUUUAACUAUCCACAAUGCACACCCUGCAGUUGCGACUCACACGGAACGGAUGAUCGAUUCUGUAACAAUGAUGGACUCUGCAGCUGUGCUGACAAUGGUCAAUGUCAUUGCAAAGACAACGUAAUUGGUGCAAAGUGUGACCGCUGUCGAGAUGGCACGUAUGGCUUGGAACCCGAAAAUCCAGACGGGUGCAUGGAGUGCUUCUGUUUUCAUCGGACGACCAAAUGUUCACAUGGAUAUUUUAAAUGGCAACGGUUUGGAUUGUUGAAUUUUUUAAAUUCACAAAACCUGAUGGUCAUGCGUUCACCAGGGUCCCCGAAUUACCACCAUUUUAACCCAUUCGCUCAUUUUGAAGGUCGGCAGCGAUGCUACGUUAACUUGGCGUUACCGUCCGAUCGACAUGUGGUCCCGUCCGCGAACAGCGAACACCAGUUGAGACUGGUGAACAACCUGAUCAUCAUUCCGGAUCAGGCGAACGACAUCAUAAUUGAGAAGGACAUUUCUUUCAGCGCCCCUCUCUACUGGCAGCUCCCGCACAUCUUCCUCGGCGACAAGGUUUUAUCGUACAAUGGGUUCAUUCGAUUUAAAACGGAUUCGAUUGGUGGGACGACGGUGUUUCCUUCGGGAGUUUUGGCAUCAUAUCCAUUAGUUCAGAUUCAGAGGUAUCCCUCCCUGAUACUGGAACACUACUCAACCGCAUUUGACCCAGUGGGAUAUCAUGAAGUUCGAUUGCAUGAGGACGAAUGGAGGUUAAAAAAUGGACCUUAUAAUGGAGUGGUGACAAAAGAAACGAUGAUGGUGGCCCUGCAGAAUCUUCACCACAUUUUGCUACGGGGGACACAUGGUCCUGAGGUUACAAAUGCAACAUUGUUCAAUGUGUCGCUGGAUAUCGCAAUACCUUCGACGAACAUUGAUAAGUCCAUGGCUCAUGGAAUUGAAGUUUGUGAAUGCCCUCCACAGUACAACUCAACGUCAUGCCAAAACCCAAGGAUAGGUUUCUACCGGUGGUAUAAACGGGACUACAUAACCAGCACAGUAAUUAUUGACUUGGUUGGCGAAGCCAGACCGUGCGAGUGCAAUGGGCGUUCAAACUCAUGUGACACCGAAACUGGGUUUUGUCAGAACUGCUUGGAAAAUACCGGUGGUCGACAUUGUGAACAAUGCGCGGUUGGCUAUUACGGGGACCCAUUCGAAAAGUGUUUGCCGUGUCCAUGUCCGUCAAUCUGGAACACUCACGCCGAGUCGUGUUACCUACCACCAAAUUCCGAGCAGUUUGAGUGCUUUUGUCGUCCUGGGUAUACGGGGGCUGCAUGCGACAGAUGUGCCUACGGGUAUUACGGAAGACCUUGGGAAACUGGGGGCCACUGCAGUGCUUGCAAACAUUGCAAUGAGCAUGGCAGUGUGAGUGACGAGUGUCAUGAAGUCACUGGACAGUGUAACUGUAAACCUGGAAUUAGUGGACAAACGUGCAGUAAAUGUGCGGAUCGUCAUGUAAUAGUAGGGAAAACUUGCACCUCCUGUGACGACCAAUGUACCGGAACGUUGCUGAAUGAGCUACGCGAUAUGGCUUUGGAAAUCAAAGAUGUUCACAUUGAUCAACAGGCGGUAUCUGCAAUCAAACAUUUGAUGAAUUUCGACAAUACAACAAAGAACUUGGAAGCGCAAGUCAACAACAAAAUAAUCACGAGAGCUUUCAUUGACGACAUUCCCACACACGAAACUCUAUCUGGACUGAUGCUUGGUCGAGCCAGGGAGCAGGAGGAACAGUGCGGAAGCUCGCUGGUUGAUGCUCAUGCAACCAAACGGAAGGGACAGGAUCUUGUCAAUCGGGUUGAACUGAUAAGAAAUGAAAUUCGCAGACAGAUUCACAAUUAUGAUCAAGGAAAGGAGCAGGGUCCGGAUUUAUCUGUCGUUGAGGAGGAAAUCGCCACCAUGGUCAAAACUUUAAACGCCACAAGUGACAUUAUUGAAGAAAUAUCGGACAUGGCUGAGGAUGAGCUUGAAGCUGUCAAUGAUUUGUUUGACCUUGUCCUCGUUAAAGUUUUCAACUCUACGGCCGUAUCACUCCUUCAAAGUAAAAUCAUGAAGGUCCGGGAAAAUCUGGAAGACUUGAUGCAGUACAUCAGCCAAGCCGACAAAAAUUCUGAUGAGGCAGCUCGUAUGGUGAUCCUGGCAAGAGAAUUUUUGGACACAGGGCGAGUCAAUGUUGACACCAUUGACGAUUUAACUAUUGAAAUGGAAAUGACAUCCGUCAUGACCACAACCACGCUCAGCGACACUGGCUACACAAAAACAGAACUUGAGCAAGUUUUAUUGAUGCUGGAAGAUAUCAUGCGAGAUUUUAGAAACCGGACCAAAGAGUUGGAAAUUUUAGAAACCAAUUUGUUCGAACUAGUUCCAUUAUUUCGUGUGACAUAUGCUCAACCUGCAUUUGACCAUGUGAAAGGAUUGGAGCAACAAGCUCAGUAUGUGGAAGGGCUCCUCGUGCAAAUAAAUGGUUCCGAACCAUUUGAAGCUGUGACUGCAUAUCAGAGAAUCAAAGAAGGCUUUGACAAGGCAUUUGAACUAGCACGUGACGCAGAAAAAUAUGGAUCUGAUGCAACGGAAAAGGUGGAGGAAGUGCUGUCUCAGCAUUCGGGAGAAGUUCUGCUUCGGUAUUCUGCCGAUAUGAUAAAAGAAGGCCUGGUGCUGUCUGGAAUUGUAGAAAAUUCAAUGCGGAGCAAUAUUUCAGCGUGCAACUCUGCAAUAGAUUCUUUGAAAUGGAGAAUGAAGAUAGCAAACGAUAGCUUCAACAAUAUGAAGAUAAAAAUUGACGAGCUUGGAGAAAGUAUGAAUCUUGACAACCUUAUCGAACGAAUCGAUGAGGUGUCCGACACUGUCAACGAGGUUGGAAUGACAGUGAUGGAAAUGGAAGACAAAAUCCAACGGGAACUAAAGUCCAGAAUUAACUCAAUCGGGAUUGGAAUUGGAGACGAUGACACUAGUUCUCUCGACGCUGUUGACGCUUCUGUUCAAGUAAAUAAUGCGCAACAUAGGCUCCGCGAGCUGAAAUCGGAAACCAGUCGAGCUGAAAGGCUCCAGAAGGACUCAGAACAGCGGAUGGAGACCACCGACGACAAGAUGAAGUAUUUGAAGGCGCUGAUCAAACAGGCGAGACAUAAAGCCAACACGGUCGGCGUCUCCAUUGGACCUGAUGAAACUGGAACCUGUUUCAGGCUGUACAAAUGGCCUGUCGUCAACGGCGCAACCUCCAUCAAAUUCAACUUUGCUCCAACAAAGUUCUCCGACUCGCUGUUGUUUUACUGGCCCAGUUCCAUCACUAGCGACUUCAUCUCCAUUGAAAUGGUGAGUGGUCAAAUCAAAGCUAGCUGGGACUUGGGAUCCGGACUCAGAACCUUGAUUCAUCCAAAGAAACUUUCCGAUGUAUCGGAAAAUUCAAUCGAUCCCGACUUUUGGGUGCAAAUUCAAUUGGAACGCGUUGGAUCAUUUGUGACGUUGGAUGUGAAACCAAUCACAAUAUCCGAUAAUUCAGUCUUCAUGGUUCCACUCCCCUCAGCAACAUCCAUCCUCUAUUCCAAUGAUGAUGAAGAAAUGACCCUGAUGACGCUAGCUGCUGACGACCUGAUCCACAUUGGAGGAAUGUCAAAACUCAUGAGGGAGGGGCUGGUGACGAAUGGGUUGAGUGGGUGCAUUCACAAUUUGCGAGUGAACCAUCAGUCAAUCGGUCUCUGGAAUUUUGUGGGCAACGAAGGAUGCGCACCUUGCGUGGAAUGUCCGAACAUAGAUUCCGAACCGAAUUCUGGGGAUUUGGAGUAUUACUUUGAUGGGCGGGGUUACUCAGUGGUCAAUAGGGUCCAAUCCAAAACAUUCAAUUCAAAGUUCUUCGACGUCAGCGUAGAGUUCCGCACGCUGUCCGAAAAUGGUCUCAUUUUUCUCACGGUGAAUAAAACGAUAGGACAAAUGAUAUCUCUGGAGAUUACUGGGGGAAAGCUGCUGCUUCAAGUCUGGCACAAAUGGAAUGACCAAGCAAGCUCUUUGAGGAUUGAGUCUGGGCCGAACGCCACCUACAACGACGGGAAUUGGGUGAACGUCCGAGCCGUGUGGGUUUAUCAGAAGGGGAUGCAAAUUGGUAAAUUGAUGAUUGGAGAUAAGGAUUUUACACAACAGAAACAGUCCCCACCUCUCUCACUGGAUUUAUUGAGUGCGGUGUAUCACAUUGGAGGCGUUUCUCCCAUAUUUGACCCAACCAAAUGGAAAGAGUUGGUCAGCGUCGUGCCAUACGUGGGAUGCAUGAAGAACAUUCUAAUCAAUAAUUCUCCUUACGACCCAUUGUCUGGAACAUACUACGGCGUGGAGUCUCCUUGUGGCGGAAAGACCGUCUAUAAAACUAGUUUUGAGGGUGAUGGGUUUGCAGAAUUUGGCUCAAAACCUAUGGCCAAAAGUUUCAAGUUUGGGUUCAGUUUCAAAACCUUAUCCCCAACUGGUCUUCUUGUGUUGUCCACAAAUGCUAAGUUGAAUUCUGUGGACGACAACUACUACGCCGUGUAUCUGGAAAAUGGACAAGCCAAAGUACAAAUCGGGACUCCUCAUGGUCUUGUUUUCUUAGUUGCGAAUGGAACCCGUUACGAUGAUGGGAAAUAUCAUGCCAUCCGAUUCGUGAAGAAAAAUAGUAGAAAAGUAAUUUUGUUCAUGGACGAUGAGGAAAUCAUGGAGUCGCGUCUUCCAAAAUCAGUUUCGGUUGUAACAGCUCCAACAAAUCGAGGAUUAUUUUUAGGAGGAACACAUCCCGAAAUCCGAACACAGUAUCAGGACUCCGCUCUCACCGUCACUCGAGGAUUUACAGGAUGCAUCCAGAACUUUUAUUUUGAUAAUCAAAUUAUGAGCUUCAGUUUCCCUAUUUCCCACCGAAAUCAUAAUUUGGGCCAGUGUCCUAAACACCACGAGUAUGACCCUGUAUCCAUUCCGACUCAUUUCCUAUACCCAAACACAAUGGGUAGCCUUGGAAUGAACAAGUAUGAUACUGUUUCUCGAGUGGUUGAGGACUCGUGUUCUGCACACGAACAUGUAAUUGAGCAAGAAGACCCCAUCAGUUCACUCAAGUUUGGAGAUUCGCCAAAUUCAUAUGUCACUUUGAACCUUGAGGGCAACAAGCACUUGAAACAACGAUUCAAUUUGACUUUUAGUUUCCGAACCUAUUACCCCAACGGAUUGCUAUUCCAAGGAUUGAGGAAAAAAGGGAACGGACAAUGUCUUAUGGCUUAUUUGAAAGAUGGUCAAAUCAUUGUAAAACUUUACGGAGAAAGGUCUCAGGAUUUGGUUUCUCCGUUAACUAGUCUUAAUGAUGGAAUAUGGCAUCAGAUCUCAUUAGUGAAAGCAGACGAUAAAAUGUUUCUGUACGUGGAUAACAGAGAUGCAUCACAGACACAAGUUCCCAAAAUUAAAGCAAUUUCCAAACUUAACUUGGGGGGCAUACCUCCACACGGACACGAUUGCUUGGAAAAUUCAAUUCACAAACCCGAGCAGUUCAAGGGAUGCCUGCAAAAUUUUAUCAUAAAUUCCCAUGUCAUCAAUUUUGAAACCAACCAUGCGACGCUGAACGAAGUGAAUCCAUGUUUCCGAUCCGUCGAGAGGGGAACGUUUUUUAGAGCUGGAAGUUUUGCCAUAUACACGUACAAUUUGACUCUGGGGACCACGCUAGAAUUAGAAAUGGAGUACCGCAGUGACUCCAAGAAUGGGUUGCUGCUCUCCUUCAUUCCCAACAAGUCUUCAAGAUUCCCAACAUUUUCCAUCUUCCUGGAUAAUGGCAACGUUAUCGCAAGAGAAUCAACGUCUGUGGAUGAUUUUUAUGAAGCUACCACAGAUUUUGAAGAAGGGGACAGUGUUUGCGAUGGUCGGUGGCAUUCACUUCAAGCAAACUAUGAAAAAGGAUCAAUUACCCUUCGGGUGGAUGGGAAAAGUCCCAUUUACGCCGUGGCAGAACCCACCAGAUCGUCAUACAAUGGAAAUUCGGUAGUUGGGUCCUUGUUCAUCGGGGGUGUCGAAGAAGGUGCUAGUCGUUUAACAAAGAAGCUCCAAUUUCAUGGCUGCAUCCGUAACAUGUCAGUCAACCAAGAACGGAAAGACUGGACGGACAUGCCGUUCUUAUCUCAGGUCUACUUGAACUCUUGUCCAGCUGCAUGAUGCUAAUUACUUAAUAUUAGGCUUUUAUUCAUUCGUUCCUCUCACGAACCACUCUCAUGCAAUUAUUUGUUAGUUUAAGCGUGCGCCUAUUUAUUGGAUGUGUGAAAAAGCAGUGAUCAGAAUAAAUGACACGGUUUAUUGUGUGAACUUGAA